AUGGUUAAGAAGUUUGUUAAAGGAGGCAUGAUGAGCAAAGGCAAAUGGGUUGAAGAAAACAUUGAAACCAUUGGCGGAGAUAAAGGCAAUGCUGGACAUUUAGCCAUCGGCACUGGUAUCGGAAAAACCACUAAACUUAUCAAUUGUCUAGUAAAAGGGGCCAAAGGGGAAGUCGAAAUGGCUUAUUGUUUGCGCGGAAAACCGACUGAACGAGCUAGUGAAGAAGAAAUUAAAGAAGGUAAACAUGACCCCGAAAUGAAAUCGCUUUACAAAUCCCACGGAGGCUAUCCACAAAAGGUUAAAGAAAAACAAAUUCCUAAAGAUGAUACCAUUAUCGUUUUCGAUGAAGCCCAUUUUAAUGAUGCAGGUUAUCAGGCUCUCCAAUUCGAAAUGAUUAAAGCGGGUUAUAAAUGCCUAAGAAUGAGUGCUACCUUUGCUGGUGCGGAAUUCUCCACCACUUCCUCUUACCCAAUGAAACGAGUAUUUAGCGGUAAAUUAGACCCUAAUAUGCCAGCGGGCUUAAUGAUUUAUCAAAAUGCCGAACAAGUGGAAAAACUGGAAACUUUGCGAGGAGUUCCUACCGGUAAUAAUGUCUCCUAUAUGGUUUAUACUCCUGAAUUUGACGAGAACUGUGAAGAUAUUUCGCACGGUCGCUCCAAAGGAUCCGCCGACAAUGUGGAUGGGAGUAAAGAAAUGGGAUAUACCCCUGGUAUCGAUACCGUAAUUUCCUUGGGAGCCACCGAAACUACUAAUUUAGGCAAAUACUUUACUUAUUCCGAACCUAAUCUUAACUUCACUCAAAUCAGUUCUUUAGUGCAACAAAUGGGACGGGUUUCGCGAAUUAAGUAUGGAUUAGCGAUUACUCUAACCAAAGAAUGCGGUGAAAUUGACUUAUCCGAUAAUGUCUCGGCUGCCAUGGUUAAAGCUACUUUUAAUGGCGAUACUAAACAAAUUAAAGAAAAGAAAUAUGAACAAAUUUACGACAUUGACAUUUUAAGAGGAGCCUUGGCUUAUCCAGACCCCAAAACUUUCGGUAAAGCCCCUGAAGAAAUCCUUAUGGGUCUCAAAAUUACCAAAGAUCAACAAUCUAAAAAAGAGAAAUUAACUCAAUUAGUUUGA